CGCUUCAGUGACGCCCGGGCUGCGCAUCCUUUUGGUGCGCGGUUUGUGCGCGAAGCUGCAGAGUGAGGUUGGCGGUCUGAAAAGAAGAAAAGACUCAGGUCUGAAGCUGGCACUUGACGUGAUUGUAAAGAUACAACUGCAAAGAUGGACUCUGGAAAUAUGCAAGUAAAGGUUCUCAACAAGCGAGCUUCGGGUCAAGCAUUUGAGGUGAUCCUGACACCCACGAGCCCAGAAGCCAAAGACUUCCCUUUGUCUCCUCUGAGGAAAAAAGCAACAUCACUUGAUGAAAUCCAGAAAAAACUCGAGGCUGCAGAAGAGAGACGCAAGAGUCAGCAAGCUGAGGUACUAAAACAUUUGGCUGAAAAACGUGAACAUGAAAAGGAGGUGAUCCAGAAAGCCAUCGAAGAAAGCUGCAACUUUAGCAAGAUGGCACAGGAAAAACUUGUUCAGAAAAUGGAGGCCAACAAGGAGAACCGCAAUGCACAGAUGGCUGCUCUCAAUGAGAAAUUUAAGGAGAAGGAUAAAAAGCUCGAGGAGGUCAGAAAAAACAAAGAGGCAAUCAAAGAAAAGGAGAAUUAACUUUUACAUUUUGGUUCAUUCAUGCCAUUUCCAAAGAUCUGUGUUUAUUUUUUAUCAAUGUUAUUUUCAGUACUGCUUACAUUAUGCUGUUACUGUAGUUACUGUAGUUACUGUAUGUGUUGUAGAUUUAGUGUGACAAGACAUCUCUUCCAAGUAGACUUUGGCAGCUUUUUCACUGUAUUUGAUUAAACUACUUAAGAGGGCUUUUUUUCUAAAUAAACUAUUUUGUUUAAAUGGUGCUGUCGGUUUGAUUUGCUGUACAAUCAAUAAUUUUCUAUUAAAAUUUCAGAAAAAUA